AUGGCAUCAUUAUCAUCAUCAACAUCAUCUAUACCUACUACAGCAUCAACUUCAACAUCUACUACAACUACAACUUCAAGUAGUACUACUGCUGGCAUGGCUGCUAGAGGUGCACUGCGUUCAUCAAUGUCAUCGGUUACACCAACGACUUUGGCAUCUUCAUCGGACUCUGCACCUCAGGAUGAAGCUACUACAUUGACCAUACAUUCGAUUCUCCAGUUUCUCAAGGAUAACAAUCAUACCAAAUCAUUUAUAAAGUUACAAGCAGAGAGUAAAACAUAUUUCGAUUUCAAUUAUAUGUCUGAACUAAUUGUGAAUGGCAAGUAUAAAAAGGCAGAACAGUAUUUACGUAGCUAUACCGAUGGAUCUUCGACCGACGUACAACAGGUUGCCGACACUAUAUUCUCAAGUAUAUACCGUUAUCACUUUAUGGAGCUGCAAGCAGAUGAAAAGGUCACUGAAUCAAUGGAUCUCUUCUUGAAUAAAAUUAAGACAUCACCAUUCUUCACCCAACAAGAUCAAAUUAAACUAUUGGCUCAUUUUGUAAAGAAUAGAACAGGUUCAAAAGUAUUAGCGCUGGUUAAUACUAUUAAAUCAUUGGUUUUGUUUAUAAAUGUAAAUCAACAGUUGAAACCACCCUUGGAUUUGGUGAAUUUGGUAAGACAACAUCAGAGACAACAGCUAUUGCCGAAACCACCUACUUCACCACCAUCACCACCAGUAGUGGCACCACCUGUAGUAAAAGUAAAAAAACAAAUAUCUUUUGACUACAGUCAAAAAGAGAGAACACCAUCGAAAGAGUUUGAUUCAAAUUACAAACCAACGCCAAUCCUGAGGAAUGCUCAUGAGAAGACACCCCAGAUUUCAUGGAUCGAAUUCGAAAAAAUUGAAAGAGAAAGAGAAAGAGUAGAGAAGGAUAAACAGGAGCAAGCACAAAGAGACAAGUCGAGACAACUGCGAGAGGUUGCUGGGCAAAAUAUAGACAUGGAUAGAGAUAGUGUUAGAUUGCAGAAAAAGAUUAACAGGUCGGAAAUGGAGGCGCAAGAAAGAGAAAGAGAAAGAUUGGAUCGUGAAAGACAAGAAAGAGAAAUACAAGAUAGAGAAAGACAAGAUAGAGAAAGAAUAGAAAGAGAAAGAAUAGAAAGAUUGGAUCGCGAAAGACAGGAGCAAGAUAGAGAGAGAAUAGAAAGAGAGAGAAUAGAAAGAUUGGAUCGCGAAAGAUUAGAUCGUGAAAGACAAGAACAAGAUAGAUUAGAAAGAGAGAGAUUUGAACGAGAUAGAGAAAUAGAAAGAGAAAAGGAGAGAGCGUUAAAAGAGAGAGAUGAUAAACUGUUCAAACCAUCUACACCACCAAUUAUCAAUUUCUCAUCGAACCUGUCGAAUAAGUUGAAAACAUCAACUGAAAAUGUACAUUAUCCACCUACACAAAUGCAGGCUUCCAACAGUCAAAUGCCUGCUCACAAUAUUCCACCUUCACAUCACCCACCACCAGCUUAUUCCAACCAAUAUCCAUACUCUUACAAUCCUUAUGGUUAUAAUUAUAACUAUUACUAUCCACCACAUCAACAACAUCCACCACAUCAACAACAUUCACCACCACCUCCUCCAUCUCAAGCUCCACAACAACAACAAGACGAUGGACCAGUGACAAUGGAUAUAGAAGCACCAGCCUACUCUCCACAAAACUUCCAUCCAUCUUCAUCAACUGCACCACCACCACCACCACCACCAGCACAAUCAACAACCAACCAAUUACCACAACAAACACCAACACCACCACCACCAGACAAACCAAAAUCAUUGUUCAGUUCAAGUAUAUUGGUACCAAAAUCAGAUUCAAAUUCAAACCAAAGCUUAGUACGACAAUCUAAUAUCUUUGGAAAUAACAAUGCAUCAUCAAGACAAAUCACCACUCAAAAUCAAACACUAACACCAGAUAUUUUAGAUUCGACACUAACUGGACCAGUGACCCACAUGUUUUAUUUCUCAGCGAAUGACAAUAGUUUUAUUUAUUCAGCACCAACAACCAGUUGUUAUAUAUUCCAAAACCGUCAGGUCAGAGAACAUACAUAUAUUUUCGGUGGAGACACACAUCAAACCAGCUCUCAUGUGAUUGUAGUAAACGAUGUCUUUUUUAUUUCGACCAAAGAUAAUACUAUUGGUGCUUUUAAUUUGGCUGAUUGUACCAUGCACAAAGAUAUUAGGAUUUCUCAAAAGACUUGUCCUGUGACUGCUCUAUUCUUUGGUGCAGAGAGUGGAAUGUUCUUUGGAUACUCAGAUGGUGCUAUUUUAGGAUCAAAUAUUUUUAAAAACUAUUCUGAAUUUAAAGAUAUGGAUCAUGGAGCAUCAGUGAGUGAGAUUAUAGCAAGCUCUAGAUAUCUCAUUUCACUUAGUAGAUUAAACAAUAGUUUAAGAUUUUGGCAGCUCGAUGGAUAUAAACCUGUUGAUGUACCAUUAGAUUUCGAUGGCGAUAUUCUACAUAUUCGUACCAUUCAGAAUAAACUAAUGAUUGUAUAUAGUAAUCAAAUUGUAAUACACGACCUUGAAAAUCCUCAAUUUGCUGCAAUAUUUCUACGUUCUUUUAAUGGUUCCUCUGAAUUGACAGAUGCUGUUUUUUUGAAUAAUUCAGAUUCAUUCAUUAUUAGUCAGACCAAUAAGAUUAUUCUUUCAAGAGUGGUCUCUGGUGAAUAUGAAGUUUUAUCCACUUUUGAAUUACCUCCAGCAAGCGGUAACAUCACUGUGAUUUGUCCUCACUCAACUAGACCAAAGUUUAUGAUUGGAACAAGCAAUGGUUUAAUCUAUGAAUUUAAUGAUGUUUUAAGAUAG